UUCCGGUUUAUGCACGAUCCCUCUAGACGAGGCCUUGCCAUUCGGCACGCCGCCGUAGUGUCACUUCGAACGGGGGCUUUUCGGCCCGCAGCCAUGGCCGUGUGAUCGAGCCAGCCAGCCAGCCGGUCAAAUUUUCAAGACAAACCCAGCCUGCCGAGACGGAUAUUUUCCACCUAACCCUGCGACUUGUUCAACAGCUUGUCGGCUGAAGAAGGGAGGAAGGAGAAGCGGCUAAUCGCUCGCCCAAGCUAACACCGCUCCCAAUCGGAACCCGGUGUCCGUUUUCAAGAUGUCAACAGCGGGCUUCAACGCUCAGAACGGAACGGGACAGCCGUACGCGAAUGGUCCUUCGCAGAAUCCCGUUGGUGUGCAGCAGCUGCCAGCUGUCAAUUAUGGGGUGAUGCCCCAACCCAGCUACAACCCAAUGCAGGCCAAGUCUCCAGUGCCCCCUGGCCCUGGACUCUAUCCCUCUGGGCCGUACCAGCAUAUCCCCCCAGUCAGCUCCUACCAACCUGGCCCGCCACCCACGUCCUAUCCAGCUGCGCCAGGCCAAGCUCAUCUCACCAGAGCCCCGCUGGGCGGCCCCGUGUCCCACACCCCUCCUCAGUCUGCCAGCCCCAUUCCUGGCCCCAGGCUGCCCCCUCCGCAGUGCACACCACCUCCACCCGCUGUGUCUUCUAGCGGCUACUACCCGAACCCUCAACAUCAGCAGCCGCCCCUCAUGGCUCCACCGUGGCAGUACAACUCAGCUCCUCCGCCCAUGGGACCCCCCGUGCCUAUGAACACGCAACCACGGGGCCCGGCGACUAACCACGUGACCCCACCUGCACCUUACAGCUCGGCAACCUCACUCUCGAUGUCCCAUAACGCCAUGCAGCCCCCCACCUCGCUACAAGGAUGUGGCCAGCCAGGUGGCGCUCCUCCGCCGAUGAAUCCAGCAGCUUCACACCAGUACCACGCAAGUAGCGCUCCCUAUGGGACCACUCCCACGGGACCACCCCCCACCACGAAACCCGCUGCGCCCCCGAUGGCCAAUGCCACACCUCCACCCCCAAAGACAGAUGCCGGGCCACCCCAGCCUGGCCCGCCGGGUCGGCACUUGGGACACUACCCCUCCCUCCCGCCAGGGUACCAGCACCACGCGCCUCCCCACGGCGGACCCUCGACCUCGCACCCAGGAAUUCAGAGCGCCACGCAGCCUUACACUCGAGCACCUCAGCUGUACCAGCAGCCACCUCCUGGCCCCGGCCCAGCCCAGCUCAGCCCGUCCCUGGCUUCCAUGAGUCUGCAGUCCGGCACCCCCGAGACCCUGCGAGUGGUCAACCUGCUCCAGGAGCGGAACCUGCUGCCCCCUGGCCCUGUCCCGGCCCCCACCCCUUGCCUGCCCCAAGACCUGCAGAAGAUAAACUGCAGCCCAGAAGUCUUUCGUUGCACGCUGACCAGCAUCCCUCAGACGCAGUCUCUGCUCAAUAAAGCCAAGAUGCCGCUGGGCUUGCUGCUGCACCCAUUCAAAGACCUCUCACAACUUCCCGUGGUGACGUCCAGCACCAUCGUCAGGUGUCGCUCUUGCCGAACCUACAUUAACCCCUUUGUGUCUUUCUUGGACCAGAGGAGGUGGAAGUGCAACCUGUGCUAUCGGGUCAAUGAUGUUCCUGAGGAGUUCAUGUAUAAUCCAGUCAGUCGAUCCUACGGAGAACCACACAAGAGACCCGAAGUACAGAACGCAACCAUCGAGUUCAUCGCUCCUUCAGAAUACAUGCUGAGGCCACCGCAGCCGGCUGUGUACCUCUUUGUCUUGGACGUGUCCCACAACGCGGUGGAGACGGGCUACCUGAAAGUGUUCUGUCAGUCGGUGCUGGACAACAUCAACGCGCUGCCUGGCGACUCGCGGACAAAAAUCGGCUUCAUCACCUUCGACAGCACCGUCCACUUCUACAACCUUCAGGAGGGACUUUCCCAGCCUCAGAUGCUCAUCGUCUCAGACAUCGAAGAUAUCUUUUUACCUACACCAGACAGCCUUUUAGUGAACCUCAAUGAGAGCAAAGAGCUGGUGCAGGAUCUUUUGAAGAGCUUGCCCACGUUAUUUGAGAAGACUAUGGAGACUCAAUCGGCGCUGGGCUCGGCCCUGCAGGCCGCCUUCAAGCUGCUGUCGCCCACCGGCGGGCGCUUGUCCGUCUUCCAGACGCAGCUGCCCAACCUUGGCGUCGGGGCGCUCCAGUCCAGGGAGGACCCCAACCAAAGAGCGUCUGCCAAGGAUAUCCAGCACUUAUCCCCGGCGACGGACUUCUACAAGAAGCUGGCGCUGGACUGCUCGGGGCAGCAGGUGGCCGUCGACCUUUUCCUGCUCAGCUCUCAAUACUGCGACUUGGCGUCUCUCGGCUGCAUAUCUCGGUACUCUGCUGGGAGCAUCUACUAUUUCCCCUCCUACCACGACAAACACAAUCCUGCCCAGGUGGAGCACUUCCAGAAGGACCUGAAAAGAUACCUGACGAGGAAGAUCGGCUUCGAGGCUGUCAUGAGGAUACGCUGCACCAAAGGUCUGUCCAUUCACACAUUUCACGGCAACUUCUUCGUGCGGUCCACCGACCUGCUGUCGCUGCCCAAUGUGAACCCGGAUGCCGGCUUUGCCGUGCAAAUGUCCAUCGACGAGAACCUGGACGACAUGCAGGUGGUCUCCUUCCAGGCUGCGUUGCUCUACACUUCCAGUAAAGGCGAGAGGAGGAUCCGCGUGCACACCCUGUGCCUCCCGGUGGUGCACUCUCUUUCAGACGUCUUUGCUGGCGCUGAUGUUCAAGCCAUGGGCGGCCUGCUGGCGUGCAUGGCUGUGGACCGCUCGGUGACGGCCAGCCUGAGCGACGCCAGGGACGCCAUGACCAACGCCGCCAUCGACUCUCUGUCAUCGUACCGCCAGUCGGUGCUGACCAUCCAGCAGCCGGGUCUGCUCGCCCCGGCCUGUCUCAGACUCUUCCCCCUUUACAUCCUCGCUCUGCUCAAGCAGAAAGCAUUCAGGACGGGAACCAGCACCAGGCUGGACGACCGGGUGGCUUCCAUGUGCCAACUCAAGUACCAGCCGCUAGCCUACGCCAUGCUGAUGAUCCACCCCGCGUUGUACCGCGUCGACGACCUGACCGAUGAGGGCGCUUUGAACGUCAGCGAGCGGACCGUCCCUCAGCCGAGAGUGCUGCAGCUGUCUGUGGAAAAGUUGAGCAGAGACGGAGCCUUCCUCAUGGAUGCUGGAACGAUCAUGUAUCUGUGGAUCGGACGCAACUGCAACCCCAACUUCCUCACGCAAGUCCUGGGUGUCCCCAACUACGCCGCCGUGCCUGAAAACCUGUAUCUGCUGCCAGAGCUAGAAACUGCCGAGUCGCAGAGGACCAGAGCGUUCGUGGGCUGGCUGAGGGAGCAGAGGCCCUUCUUCCCCUUGCUGCACGUCAUCAGAGACGAGAGCCAACUGAAAGUCCCGUUCAUGCAGAACAUGAUCGAGGACCGCACCGAGUCAGCGCUGUCCUACUAUGAGUUCCUGCUCCACCUGCAGCAGCAGAUUUCAAAAUGAUCCGUUUGUGUAUCAAAUGUAUGUAUGUAAAAGAUGGAAAGUAUCAGUGUUUAUUCUCAUAGAACAAUAAUGUCCAAAGUUGAUGUAUGGCUCAGAUGUGAGCUCGCUGAUGGCAAAAGCACAGACUCCUUUACUCGAAUACGUCACAUGUAUGGAAGUGUGUGCGAGUGUGUGUUUAAGGCUGACUGAGGUGUCUGACUGUUAUCUGAAGUAUUUUACACAGCCAUCACUUUUUUUUUUUUUUUGGGGGGGGGGGAGCAAGGGGGUUCCGUCUCUCUGUGUUGAACAAAUCUCGGAAAAAGGCAAGAAAACUUCAGGCGCCGACUUGAAUGUUGGGUCGCAGUCUCGUCUGUUUCGUUUUUUUUUUUUUUUUGCUUCCCCUCAUCUGUUUAAUUUAUGAGCCUCCCAAUGUGAUUAAAAUUCAAUGAUUGCCUUGAACGGGAACUGUACUUUUACUACCAAGCCUCCUGUUGAAACGCAGACUAUCUAUAUAUAAAAUAUUUUAAUAUAAUAGCAAACAGGAGGUUUUUUGUUUUGUUUAUUAAUACGAGACGUAACAGAAAAAGCCAUUGUGAUCUUUUAAUCAUGCUUAUUGAUACUUGUAUAUUGAAAAUACUGCAUUAUAUCAAUGGUGGAGAGAUGCUAAUGAAUUUUAGUAUGACCCUUUAGGUGAACUGUAAACAAAAAUAAAUUGUU